CCACGUCCUCCGGAAGCAUCCAAGAAGUUUCUCUGCCUAUUUAAUCUGUGACAGCUGUUUCCGAGAUUUUAAAAUUGGCGGAUGCGUUGGUAGUGAACAACCUUCCCGUCGAAACAGAGAAGAUGAAUCUCCAGCCUGGAGGGAAAAAUCCUCCUCCUCCAUCGCGGAUCGGGAGGCAUUUGUCAGGUAACUAAUCUAUAAGGCGAUACUUAUUGAUAUAUGCAAACGUAUAUUUCAAUCUCCCGCUGCAUGAUAAUCAAGCUGAGGUCAUGGAUCAUUUGGAGGAUAAAUACAUGAGGUUUCGGGACUGGAGUUCAGAGCUAUCUGUGGACUCAGAUAAGGCUUUUUUAGGAAGAAAGAAUAGAAGUAGUUUUAGCUACAUAAACCUGAAUUUUCAAAGAGCUUUUGAUUGGAUAAGAAAGUUCUUUCAGUUUUUAACAGAAUCAUCUAAACGAGAACCAAAGUCUAAAAGGAAAGUUCUAGAUCCUCAAGGACCAUUUCUUCAGAGGUGGAAUAAAAUAUUUGUUAUAUCCUGUAUAGUUGCUGUUUCUGUGGACCCCUUGUUUUUCUACAUUCCAGUCAUUGAUGGUGACAAUAAUUGCCUUUAUUUGCAAAACAAUCUGGAAAUUGCUGCUUGCAUACUGCGUUUUUUCACAGAUAUCUUCUAUGCAGUCCAUAUAAUUUUCCAAUUUCGAACUGGUUUCGUUGCUCGUUCAUCUAGGGUAUUUGGAAGGGGAGUUUUGAUUGAGGAUUUUUCAGCAAUAGCCAAAAGAUAUUUAUCGUCAUAUUUCAUAAUUGACAUUCUUGCUGUUCUCCCACUUCCGCAGAUGGUUAUUCUGAUAAUAGUGCCCAAACUUGAAGGAUCGGCACUUUUGAAUGCAAAGAAUGUACUAGUUUAUAUAGUCAUAUUUCAGUAUUUCCCAAGACUUAUUCGGAUCAUACCAUUGUAUCUUGAAGUUACAAGGUCCUCUGGCAUAAUCGCCAAAACAGCAUGGGCUGGAGCUGCAUUUAACCUUUUACUUUAUAUGCUUGCAAGUCAUAUAUUGGGAGCGUUAUGGUAUUUACUUUCUAUAGAACGUGAAAACACCUGUUGGAGAAAAGCUUGUGCACUAGAGUCUGAUUGCGUAACUGACUUUUUAGUAUGUGGACAAGCAAACAGCCAGAAAAAUAGUUUCUUAGAAACUCUUUGCCCUAUAACUCCAGACAAUGCAACUGAAUUUGACUUUGGAAUUUAUCUACCAGCUCUUCAAAAUGUUGUUCAAUCAAAAAAGUUCCUGGAGAAGUUUCUUUAUUGCUUUUGGUGGGGGCUCCAAAAUCUAAGUUCUCUUGGACAAAACCUUCAAACAAGCACUUUCAUAUGGGAGAUUAUGUUUGCAGUUUUUGUUUCCAUCUCUGGUUUAGUUCUUUUUGCACUUCUAAUUGGCAAUAUGCAGACAUAUCUACAAUCAGCUGCAGUGAGGAUAGAAGAAAUGAGAAUCAAAAGGAGAGAUGCAGAACAAUGGAUGUCUCAUAGGUUGCUUCCUGAAAGCCUGAAGGAGCGAAUAAGCCGCUAUGAGCAGUAUAAAUGGCAAGAAACAAGAGGAGUAGAUGAGAAGCAUCUCCUUCAAAACCUUCCUAAAGACCUUCGAAGGGAUGUAAAGCGCCACCUCUGCUUAUCACUUCUCAAGCGGGUUCCUAUGUUUGAGAAAAUGGACGAUCAACUCAUGGACGCCAUGUCCGACCGUCUGCAACCCAUUCUCUACACCGAGUCCAGCUGCAUUUGCCGCGAAGGAGACCCAGUGAAUGAAAUGCUUUUCAUCAUGCGAGGGAAGCUAGAGAGCACCACCACCGACGGCGGAAGGACCGGCUUUUUCAAUUCAGAUUAUCUCACGGCAGGAGACUUCUGUGGCGAGGAGCUCCUGACCUGGGCCCUGGACCCGACCUCCAUAACCAGCCUCCCAAUCUCCACGAGAACAGUCAGAACCCUGUCCGAAGUGGAAGCCUUCGCUCUCAUGGCCGACGAUCUCAAGUUUGUCGCAUCCCAGUUCAGAAGGCUGCACAGCAAGCAGCUGCAGCACACGUUCCGAUUCCAUUCGCAGCAAUGGAGGACAUGGGCAGCCUGCUUUAUACAGGCAGCAUGGCGGAGGUACACGAAAAAGAAGCUCGAAGAUGCUUUACAUGAGAAAGAGGAAAGUAAUCUCCAUGAUGCAAUGGUGGCCAGUGAUGUUGCUGCUUCUCCAAGCCUUGGUGCGGCGUUGUAUGCUUCGAGGUUUGCAACCAAUGUUCUGCGUAACUUGAGGCGGCACAAGAGCAACAAGGCAUGCACAUUGAUGUUAUUGCAGAAGCCAGCAGAGCCCGAUUUUUCUGCUGAAUAGAAACAAUCCUGUGCGGAGGACGAACAUAUUUAUUCUAGUUGAGAUUAUUCGUGGAAUUUAUAUCUUUUA